CGGCUGCUGUUGGAUGAAUUACAAAUACAUUUUGGUUUAGUGUUUUCACUAAUUGUAAAAAUGUCUUUUAUGAAGCUUUGUGUUCCACACAGUUUAUCAAGGAGUGUUUGCCCUAUGUUCACCCGGACAGGUUACCUAUCAGUGCUCGGCCAAGCUUCCUUUCUUCACACACAAACUCCUCAGCUGAACUCUAACAGGACGUCAGUGGUGCGCUGUGGCCGACAGAGAUAUGAGAGACUGUACCCUGUGAUGCUGGUCCGGCCUGAUGGAUCCACAUUUAACAUCAGAUACAAAGAACCCCGACGUAUCCUUAUGAUGCCAGUCGAUCUGUCUAGUCUGUCUGAAGAGGAGCGUCGAGCUCGACAAAAAAAGAGAGAAGUGAAGAAGACAACACAACAGACAGCAGUUCACUAUGAAGACGACUUUAAAGCUGAUAAGUACAGCCACUUCUGGAAGAAGAAAUAACUUACUUAUUUGUCAAAGCACAACCAAGGCAGCAUCCCUAAUAUUAAUUGCUGCAACAAUGUUUAGUUAAUAAUUGGAUUUAAAACUGUGUAGCUGUGUCGUGUAUUUUCAUAAAAGACAAAUUUGCUGUUAGAUGCUGUACAAAUUCUGCUGUCGAAAAUUGUCGAUGGCCUUGUUGGCCCUGGAAGAGCCAUCAAAGAAGACAGGUUACAUAGUGUACUUGCUGCAGAAAGCAGCAGCUUUUCUCUGUACUCCUGGAUGAAAAUGAAAAUAUUUCAAACAAAAAAAUUAAAUUCCUGGAGAUCUUUCAGUUGAAGGGACCGUCCUAAAGCAGUCUUUCUAAACUGAAGGUAUUUCUGGAUUUGUUUAUGUAUCCCUGUCAUCCAUGUUGAUAACUGAACAGCUUUGUUUUCAAGUAAAAUAUUCAUUUGGAGAAAUAAAACAAAGA